CCUACGAAGAGACACUAACCGGAAAGUCAACAUCUCACAGGCAUCAAUAGCGCAUAGGAACCAUUAGUACGCCCCUCGUACACGAAGCCCUUGAUACGUAAGCACAAGAGUCAUCGUUGUCCAGCCCAGCUUCCUGCAAGCAGGUGUCAAGCUAUCAACAGAUUUCGCCUUUAUUCCGUAGGCGCUAGGUCAGCCCGUAGGCGCUAGCUUUCUAAUUAAGGCCGCACAAUGGCAGAAUCUGUUAGAACUUUCGGUAGGAACACAAGCGCCCUAGACAGUCUGGAUGUCAAGGCCGACGCUGUGUCUUCCCCGCCUUCAGGAAACAGCAGUGAUACCCUCCAUGACAGCGAGUGCUUCGAGGAAGAGAUCAAGUUCAUCAGUACAAGCCCACUAAGCACUGCGACUCUCAACUUUGAAGAGUUGAGCAUCCGAGAUGAAGACCUCUCCUCACAUCCGUCGAAGCAUACCGACCGUCUCACUGGCACCUUCUUCAACCCUGGACAAGACCCUACGCCCACGCCCGCGCCCGCGCCCGCGCCUACCUAUGGUCGCCACUCGCAGUUUCGCCGUUAUAACGACCGCUUUCAUCAAGGCCCUGUUUUCGUAAGAGGAGGCAGCAGUCAUCGUAAUACUCGUGCAUGGGUGUCCGAAGAGACUCGCAUUGCUCAAGAGUUUCUCACUAUCCGGAAUUCGAUGAGAAGGGUAUUCAAGAACGCCGAUGUCGCCAAGUGGAAAGUUUCAGAUUACAUUGCGCAUCGAGAGGCAAUGAUGGCGUCUGCAACCAAGAAGCUUGCACAGCAAGCGCAGGAUCGAGAGGAGGGAGUGAACUUGUACAGUCUCCCCAUUCCUCCAAAGACGCAAGACAUGAUGAGGCUUUGCGGUCUCUCUGGUAAUUUCGAACAAAUCGGCAACUACAGUCGAGCCCUGGGCGAAAAGACAAUCUGGUGUGCGGACUGGCAGAGCGGAAAGGACGAAAUUUCCCCAUGGCCCUGCUUGGCAGAAAUGAAGUGGGAAGGGGAUGACCGUGCGAAGACAGGUGUCGGUCGCUAUCCACCCCUCCCUCGCGAGCAGGGUCCGAUCGGACUUCCUUGGAAUCAGCUUCAGGCCGUCGACCAGUAUCCUCUUGACCAGAUUGCCCGCAUUCCCACCAUGGAGGAUGUCUAUCUUCCUGUUGACGAAAUUGAUGAUAGUGUCAAGUACGAUCUCCUCAACAAGGAUCUCGAAGACGCCAUGGACGUCUAUCUUGAGUCUUGAGUAAGGAUCUAAGGAACCCUUGCGGUGCCAUAUUUCCUUUCGUUUAGAAAGCUUCCAGUCCAACACCCCCUUCGCAGAUGUUCCAAGUUCGCGACGAUUUGGCUCACCUUUCAGAACCAAUGUGACCACUGAUCAACCGUACAACACUGUCACCGACAAUCACUCACCAGAUCUGAGCGAUCUUUUUGUUCAAAUACCAAGGGAGGGCUGCGUUGUUUCCCUGCCUUUUUCAGUUCCCUCUACUUGUUUGUCCGUUCACUGAUCAUAUUUCUUUAUUCUGGACA